AUGGAUGGGCCUGCUGGUUGUGGUAAAACAUUUACUUACAAUUAUUUAAUUGCUGAAACACGAAGCAGGCAUAUUAGAAUUGCAACAGCUGCAUGGACAGGAAUAGCUGCAACUCUUCUCAAAAGUGGGUGCACAAUGCAUGGCUUAUUCAAACUUCCUGUUCCAAUUUUGGAAACUAGCACAUGUAAUGUAACUCCAAACUCUAUUCAUGGUAGAUUUCUGAGACAAAUCAGUUUGUAUUUACAUGAUGAAGCAUCUAUGAUACCCAAAUAUGCUUUGAGUGCCAUUGAUAAGCUAUUACAAGAUAUUUGUAUUAACAACUUUCCUUUUGGUGGUAAGGUUGUUCUUAUGGGUGGAGACUUCAGACAAAUACUUCCAGUUGUGAAGCGAGGUCAACCAGCAGAAGUUAUUGAAUCCAGUUUAAAAUGUUCUGAACAUUGGCAAUAUGUGCAAAGGUUCUCAUUAACUGUAAAUAUGAGGGUUCAGAUAGAAGAAGCGGAAUUUUCUCAAUGGCUUUUAAAGCUCGGAAGUGGAACAUUACCUGUCAAGCCUGAAGAUCCUUUGCGAGGGUGUAUUGAAAUACCUGAGCAGUGCUUUCUCAGUGAUAAUGAAUCUAUUGUGGAGAAGAUUUUCGGUGGUGCAGAAGAAGCUGAUUAUGCAAAACGUGCUAUUUUAACGCCAACAAAUGUUGAUUCAUUGGCAAUAAAUGAAGAAGUCCUUCAUCGUUUACCCGGUGAUGUGAAAACAUAUUUAAGUUCAGAUAGGAUUGAAACUGAUGAUCUCAAUGAAAUUAAUAACUUUCCAGUCGAGUUUUUAAAUAGUUUGACUCCAUCAGAUCUCAAAGGUGGACUUUGUAAUGGAACCUGUUUAAUGGUGCGUGCAUUACACAACAAUUACAUUGAUGGUGAGGUUUUAACAAGUGUACCAGCUGGUGACAGGGUAUUUGUUCCUCGAGUUCAAUUAGCUCCAUCAGAUGCAAAUUUACCUUUUACACUUAAACGCCGUCACUUUCCAGUUAGGUUAGCAUACUCAAUGACCAUAAAUAAAAGUCAAGGUCAAACAUUUGAAAAAGUUGUAAGUGGUUUUCCAAACUGCAAGGAAGGUAAAAUUUUUUCUAUUAAACCUAUUAAGUCAGGCAUAGGACAUUCUAUAUGUAAAGGAAUCAUCGAAGAUUUAGAAAAAUGGGAUCUUAAAGAUAAUAUUGUUGCCCAAGUUUUCGAUACAACGGCUUGUCAUAAUGGAGUAAGAAACGAAUCAGCAACUCUUCUUGAAGAAUGCAAAUCUAUAAAAACGCUUCUAUGGCUUGCAUGUCGUCAUCAUGUUUAA